CGCUAUAUUAAGGCAUGCAAUCUUAUGUCUUUCACUUGUGUGUGAAAUUUGUCUUCUUAUUCGUUAUGUGCUGGCGAAUAUAUAACAGGAAUGUAUACGAAAAAAGUUAGAAGGUCGUUGCACUCUAUCAAUGAGUGUAGCGAACGUAAGAACAUAGAAGAAUGUUGGUCGGCGAAAAUGCAAUCAAAUUGGAGUGAAUUGAAUGUGGGAUUGGUUAGCAUUACCGAUGCAUAUUUGUGUCUCAACGAUAUCAAAAACAGUCAAAAUAUGUGCAUCGUUGCUGCAACUCGACUACACCAUAGCUGAAAUACCGAACUACAACGGUGACUUGUCCACAAACUAUCCCAGUCACAUUCUAGUACCAGAGAGUGAAAAGCCGCGAAGUGGAUCUUCGCCAGCUGUUAUCUACGAACAGCAAACGUUUGACGCAGUCAAAUUUCGUGAUCUAAUCAAAUCGGCUCGGUUGGCCAGAUGCCGUGCCCGAUUUCCGAUUCCGGUUAUAUUCUAUCGCGGCAAAUAUGUGUGCCGAUCGGCUACGUUGAGUGGCGGUGCUGAGAUUUACACACGGUCGGGUUUCGAUUAUUUUUAUGGUUCUUCGAAUGGUGGGAAAGUGAACGAUGAAAUCGAUGAUGACGAAGCGAUUGAGGUGGUGGAAGGCUUCGGGGCCGACAGUGCUGCCAGAGAAAUCAAAAGUAAAUUGAUUGAUUGGGUGUACAUUGAUCAUGUGAGACAGCAGGAUAAAAAGCUUAUCAAAUACAUGAACGUUGGAACGAUUGUGGACUUUAUGGUGGAGAAUAAGAAAGUGAAAUAUGGAUUCAAUGUGACAUCGUCCGAAAAGAUCGAUAAGGAAAAGCGGUACGCUGAAUUUAACAUAAUCUGUCUACCAUAUCCCGGUUGUGAGUUUUUCAAACUGUACAAAGAGAAUGGCUACAACGGCGAAAAUCUGAAAUUCAAUUGGCAACAGAAUUAUGUGGAUGCCAAAAUCUAUGUGCCCGAAGAUGUUCAAGCGCCGUCGCUGAACAUCGAUUGGACGGAAUACGAAAAUUGGGACAUCAUUCGAAUGACACAAAAUUAUGUGAAAUUGCUGCUGAAAUAUCUGCGGGAAAACAGUAACGGAAUGUUGGUGCACUGUAUCAGUGGCUGGGACAGGACUCCGUUAUUUAUUUCAUUAUUACGAAUUCUAUUAUGGGCUGACGGGGCUGUGCACCAGUCGCUGAACGCACAUCAAAUGCUCUAUUUUACUCUCGCAUACGAUUGGUAUUUAUUCGGUCAUAAUUUACCAGAUCGUCUGUCCAAAGGCGAAGAGAUUUUAUUUUUCUGCUUCUACGUACUGAAAUUCUUUCACAGCGACGAAUACUGUACAACGUACAAUCGUCGAAUAACCAAAAAUAGUGUAUCGAGCAGUAGCAGCAGUAGCGUGUGUGUACUCCGGACGGAUAGUGGCGGUGAUGUGGAGAAUAUGUUCUCCGAAGUUGAAAGCACUGGCUCAAAUCUGUCGUUGAAUUCGAUGGAGAGCGGAAGAAGUCACAAUGACUCAACAAGCCAUUCAGAGGUGUUCAUAGAGUGUAAUAACGGGAACCAGAGCUUCCUUAUUAGCCAAGACAGUAAUGGAAGUUUGUCGGGUGUAGAAGUACAAAACGGCAAUAGUAACUCAAAUUCAACGUCCUGUUUAGCUAGCAGAACUAGUCCUGUGUCCGUUCCAAUAAAUGCCAGAAAUAGACCGCGAAACGAAUCAUUUUCGUCGAUAAAUGGCAGUUGGCAUGUGAUAUCGGCGACCGGGAGCCUUCGCAGUCCAGAACCGCAAUCGGCGCUGUUGAAUGGCUUCAAACGAAGUACAAAUACGAAUUCCCAGGAAUCGUCAACGACAACCGUAUGCGAUGAUGCCGAUAGUAUAUCAUCUGUACACGAGACGCUGCAAACGCGUCAUGAACGAUUACACGAUAUCCGCGAAGUGUUCUAUAAAACAUAUUUUGCAACCGUUGGAGUGGUUGAACGAGACGAAUCAAUUGGUGCAUUGUUCAAUAAUUUCGUUGGCCGAGUUGGUUUGGUUCCGAAAACACAGUAAUUGGUUGCGGUAUUUCGAGAAUGUUUUUUUUUCUUUCUUCUCUUUCUUCUCCUUCUUCCUCUUCUUCUUUGUUUUCAUUUUUUUUAGUUUUUAUUAGUUUUUACUUUUGCUGCAUCACAAAAUGUUAGGCGUUUUUAAUGUUUCACUUUACUUUAAGUUUAUUUUAUCCAAACGACCGAGCAUUGGAUCUUUAAUUAAAGGUUUCGCAAGCGUUUUGGUUAUGUGCUUGGAUGAUUUAUUUGAAUUCAACUGUUCAAUCCACGACGUGUUCGUUGAAAAUAAGUAAAAAUUUUGACCGGUCGGUGUUUUGGACCUACUUUUAAGACGUUAGAAUUAUGUGUCAAAAGAUCCUGGAACUCUUUCAGCUCUUCUACAAAAAAAAAAAUUUGGUUUUCCGAUUUCUGAUCGAACAACUUGACGCGAUCGUAGCGCUUCACUGACAUAAAUCUUCGAUAACGAAA